AUGAUGAUGGCUCUCAAAUCAAGUGACGCCGAUACGGCUGAAGGAGAAAGCUUCGAUCUCGAGACGACGAAAUCCACAGAAUCCAUGGAGGCAUCUACUGAUGAGGAUACGGCCGAAGGAGAAAGCACUGAUCUCGAGACGACGAAAUCGACAGAAUCCACGGAGGCAUCUACUGAGGAGGGCUCUCCGACUCCGAAAAAACGCAAGAUCGGCAUGUCUGCGGAUUACGGUUCAAGCGACGAGGAGGAAGAGGAGGUGGAGGAGGAAGAGGAGAUGGAAGAGGAGGAGGAGGAGGAGAAGAAGAAGAAGGAAGACAGCUGCGAAAGCGACCAAGCAUGGGGAUUUGAUAGCUUCGAUGGUUCAGAUUAUGACCCAAAUACAGACGAGGAUGAUGAAGAUUUUGAAUGGAAUCGGUAUUUUUGCCAUGUUUACCACAGCCGGGGUUUCAAGGUGGAUGAAGAAAUCGUUCCCAAAGGAUAUAGUCUAGGAUUAGGUCCAUUCCAUUUCGAUGCUGAGUUUCUGCCCAAUGUCAACCCACGUGAGUACAUGGAUGAUAUGGUGAAGUUGGCUCUUGAUCAACUCAACCAGCGUAAUGGAACCAAUGUGACUUGUGACCACAUCGUGAGGGUCAUGGUGAAAUGGUGCGCUGGACUCAAAUCAUACAUAACGUUCAUGGCUAGGGAGUCUCCUCAAGGGGAUCUCAUCGAGUAUCAAGCUAAGACUCAGUGGAAGGUGUGGCAGAAAAAUGCUCAUGCCAUCCUCUGUAGACCAGCUCCUCCAAUGAAGCCUAUUCCAGAGAGAUAUUUGCAAAAGAUGAGCGAAGCUGCUGAGCUUGCUGCGCUUGCUGCUGCCAAGAUUCGACAAACUGAAUGGUCUUAA